AUGAGACCAUUGCUGGUUUUUGGACUGCGCGGGACGCUUUUGGAGCGUAUACAUGCCAGUCGCGUUCCGUCAGGCAUGCCGGGGGGCGCCAUAACCGUUGGGAUGAGUCGCGUGUGGCUUCGCCCCAGUGCCAUGGAGACACUCCUCGCCCUACAGCAGCACUGCACCCUUGCCGUGUGGAGCUCCACCACCGCGCGCAAUACCACUCCCCUGAUGGAGGCUGUUUUCAGUCAACAUGCACAAAAGGUGAACUUUGCUUUUGUCUGGUCCCGCGAACACACGACUGCUGAUGAGUUCCGACGUGUGAGCGCCACGAGCCGAGAUGACCAACACGCCACGGUGAAGGACCUGCGUGAGGUGUACCGUCGAUUUCCAGAAAUAGCAACGCCACAGAACACUGUUCUCAUUGACGAUACACCAAGCAAAGGGAAGCUAAAUGCGUCUAACUUCCUGUGGCUUGAGACAUGUGAGGAACUCAAGAUUGAAAACCCGAAUGUAAUGCCGGCUUUGCGGCGGUUUGUGGAAGAACACCUGUUGGCGGAGCGAGAGGAUGUGCGGCGACUGCUACCGGCGCGCGUCCCAUGGGGCCAACAGUGA